GGGUUUUUUUAAUGGCCGUCGGCGAAGGCCGUCAACCCAGCGGAUCCAGCUGAGUUGCUUCACACCUUAGAUUUUUAGCUCUAACCUAAAACAUAUAUGGAUUCUACGAUACGAUGGCUAACAUCGCCGUGCAGAGAAUAAAAAGGGAAUUUAAGGAAGUCGUCAAAAGUGAAGAGGUCGCCAAGUGUGCCAUCAAAGUAGAGCUGGUGAAUGACAACUACACAGAGCUUCGUGGUGAGAUAGCAGGCCCGCCAGACACGCCCUAUGAAGGAGGCACCUUUGUCCUGGAAAUCCAUGUCCCCGAGACAUACCCAUUCAACCCACCUAAGGUUCGCUUCAUUACAAAAAUUUGGCAUCCAAACAUCAGCUCAGUGACAGGUGCUAUAUGCCUGGACAUUCUCAAGGACCAAUGGGCUGCGGCAAUGACCCUGCGGACAGUGCUGCUGUCACUGCAAGCUCUGCUUGCUGCAGCUGAGCCGGACGACCCCCAGGAUGCUGUGGUGGCUCGCCAAUUCAAGGAGAACCCCGAGAUGUUCAAGCUGACAGCCCAGCACUGGGCACAAGUCUAUGCUGGAGGUCCAAAGCACUUCCCUGAUUUCGACGCAAAGAUCAAGAGGCUCCUGGACAUGGGAGUUGAAGAGCACCGUGCACGCGUCGCACUGUCUUCGUACUCGUGGGACCUUGAGAAAGCCACAGAAGCCAUCUUCAGCUAAAGCUGGUUGAAAGAAAAUCUAACCUGGACUGUUUGUCUUUGUUGCUCCUUCCGAUGUUUCCUCUUCCUCAGGUGCUUUCAAUUAAGCCAGCAGUGCUUGUGAAAGUACACUUCAUUCAACUUCAUGUCUUUUGGGGAUACACAGUGUGAGAGGUGUGCCUUUGGCAAAUUUCGCGGUACAACCGUAGAUGCCAGUAGCAUUUGCACUAUGACUACUGAGGAGCACUGUAAAGAUUUGCUUGUGCUGGAAUAGGCUGUAAUGAGAAAUUUGUCCCUCGGGACUUUGCCUGCUUAAUCUGAUUCUUGUUUUUACAGCUUGGAUGCAAAUGUGGCUCACGUGCCAAUUUGGUUUGCGAACAGCGAGUGAAUUUUGUGAUCCACUAUGAUGGUAAAUGCCAUUGUGAAAGAUUAUGUUCUUGUAAAAAUUGCAUGCGAUUGAUUGUAGUGACCAUUUGUUCUCAGGCUCUCUUGUGUGGACUUGAUGCGCAUUUUCAUUCCCUUUUCUGAAACUGCAUGUUUACCUAAGAGUCUGCAGCAGAAAUUCUAUUUUUCUAUUGAGCAACUUUGAAGAUGCCCCUUUUUUGCCCUGUUUCUUUUGUCGUUGUGAAUGAGCAUUAAAGGUGUGCUUUUAAACCAUUA